GUAUUUACAUGUAUACUAUUAAGUUUACAUGCACUAUUAAGAUUAAGGUAUGAACUGAUUUUUUGUGAAUUUAUUAAUAGAGAAUUUUAUAAAAACUUAUUUGAUUAUUAUUAUUUUAUUUACUUAUUUUUUAAAAAUUCAUAGUUAAUUCAGGCAGUUACUGGUAGUCAUUUAACCAUUUUGUGGGACUUCAUCUAAAUUGAUUAUUAUGUUUAUCUUAUAAAGCAUUUAUUAAUGAAAAUAAAGUAGCUCACAAAGUCUUGGUUAUCUUCAUGUAAAAGGUUAACAUACGUGUUUAAGUUGAAAUGUGUGGCUGGUAAAUCUGGAUUAAACUGAUAGUUAAAAGGUUAAGAGAUAAAAAGACUUAUGGGGUGUUAGUUCAGUUUAUGUCUUCAUAAAGAAAAAAAAGGGAACACCCCAGUUAUAUUUUGGUCUUUGUUAUAUCUUUCAGUGUUGAUUCAGUAUUUUCUAAUUACACUUUACAUCUUCCAUGGCAUUACUUAAAAAUACCACUAGGUGGCGCAUAGCGCUCAGGAGGAGCGUAACCCUCCCUGGGAGGCAAAUUUGCAGAAUAAAUCCUGCAGUUGAAUCGGAAACAAGUUCAUGAUCUGUGCCUCUUUAUUUCAAUACACAGCUGCGGGAUCUAGGAUCGCACCCCUCCCAGGCACCUGUCACACCAGGGGGGCAACAUUCACAACAGAAAAAUGACAGACAAAUCAAAAAGAGAUACAAAACAUACCAAUAUUUAUUGCCAGGUGUAAAUGUCAACCCCCAGAGAUUUGCAGAAGAUUGCAAUGUAAGUUGGAACAGUGUCUAAGAUGGUAAGAGCGAUUAAAGACAGAAAGAAAAGUCGGAGCUACAGGAUAUCUUACCUUUAAAAUACUGAAGCUUCUUCAUUUAGAAUAAAAUAUGAAUGAGAUUAUCACAAAAGUGAAUGUUUCACAGAGCUUCACGAACAAUUGUAAACACUAUCAACAAAAUGCCCAUUAUAUUAAACCAGUAAGCAGGGAAAUGUCUCUGGGAUGUUUUUAAUUUCUUUUGUUGAUUCCUAAAGUUCAACUUUCCUCAGGUCUGUAGUCUGUUACCGAGUUUCAGUAAGAUAACUCAGCACCCACUCAGGUUCAGGUCCAAAAUGCUCCCGAAUUAGUCAAAAAAGUAAGAGUGAUGUUGUUCUUUUAGACAUGUAAAGUCAGCUAAAAUAAACAAAUUACAAGACACUUUGGAGCUGAAUAUAACUUUAUAAAUUACAUAAUAAGGAGGAGCAAUACUUUAUAAGUGAUAAAUAAAGCACUUACUAAUCCUUUAAUCCUUUAUAUUGUGUAAUUAUUAUGAAGUGUUAUCAAAUGAUGUUGCUUGAAUGGAAGUUUGUGUAUACACACUUUAGUCAUUCUCUGGUCAGAGAAUGACUAAAGAAUGGCCCAAAGCCAAAGAGGGAGGCUUUGGGCCUCAUAGAUUUUUUUCUCUAUUCUGCCUUGUUUCCAAUCAAAUACUCACCUGGUUUUUAUUUCCUCUUCAACGAGUGGCUCAUAUAUUUUUGACUUUGAGUUCUGAGCUGUAUUUGUUUGAAAGCAGCACACGAAGCAGUUCAGCUAGUGGAUAACUGCUUGUAUACUGCUCUGCAUUUAAACAAUGAUGGCAUGGCUCCAAUUCUGUGUCCUCUUCCUGGUGGCUCCAAUUGGGUACAGUCAGAAUCCAGGUUCUCGUGGUCCCAAAGGAGACAGAGGACUUCCUGGACCAGUUGGUCCACCUGGAGUACCAGGACCACCAGGUCAAAAAGGAGAUACUGGAUUUGAUGGACCACUUGGACAUCCUGGACUACCUGGAAAAAUUGGUAAUGUGGGACGACUUGGACUUCCUGGACCACCUGGACAAGCUGCAGACUGCAGAAUAGAGCUCUUUGGUUACAUAGACCAGGACCUUCAAACCAUUAGAGCCCUAAAGGAAAGAAUAACCAAGUUAGAGCUGGUUAUAAACUACGAUUUUGCCCGAGGAGUUGAUGAAAAAUAUUUCGUGUCCAACAAGGAAAGAGGCUCUUUCUUGCAAGCUGUUGAGUUCUGCUCCCAGCGAGGAUUAGAGCUGGCUUUGCCCCAGAGUGACAAAGAGAAUUGCUUACUCACUGAAGUGUUUGAAAGCAGUCCUAAAACAGUCUGGAUUAAUGUCAGCAAUAGAAAAGCAGAGGGAAACUUUGGAGCUGAUAUGAAAAACCGACCUCUGACCUUUACCAGCUGGGCAGAAGGGCAGCCAGACAAAUCCAUCCAGGAUCCAGGCUGCACCACGCUGUCAGAAGACGGUGUUUGGAGAGUGACAAGUGAAUGCUCUAUGAAUGCUUACAUUGUUUGUCAGUUAUAGAAAUGCCUUUGAUGACAUGAAGUAAAGUAUAUCUCUUUGGAUUCUGGUGUGGGAAAAUCAAAUGGAGUACAGAUAUGUAAUCUAAUGUAUUACAUAUCGAUCUGGUGCAAUUUUCAUAUUCCUAUAAAACAGGUCAAAAGAUUCUUUCAAAUCUUUUAUUACAUUUUUAGGUAAGGUGAAAAAUUCUUUCGAGACCUACAGUAUUUAGCAACCAUUCACCAUACAGUAGCCAUAUUUAUAUUCAUACAGCAGAAUGACAAGUUGUGGAGGGCAUUCUGGUCCGGUGGCCCCAAGAUCUCAUCUCUGCUUUAUGUACAUGACUUGAUCAAACAACAAACUGCUCUUUCUGCUUUGGCACACUAUUAAGACACACCAUUAAGCAUUAGUAAGAUAUUAGUAAGUGUUUCAGUUAUCAUUUAUAAAACAUUACAAAGCAUUACUCCUCCUGUAUAAAUACUGAUAUAAAUGUUUAUUCUUGAUUAAUAGGUUCAUGUAUAAUGCAUAUGUAAUAUAUAACUGUGAUCAAAGUAUUUACAUGUAGACUAUUAAGUUUACAUGCACUAUUAAGAUUAAGGUAUGAGCUCAUUUUUUGUGAAUUUAUUAAUAGAGAAUUUUAUAAAAACUUAUUUGAUUAUUAUUUUAUUUACUUAUUUUAUUUUUUUAGGUCAUAGUUAAUUCAGGCAGUUACUGGUAGUCAUUUAACCAUUUUGUGUGACUUCAUCUAAAUUAAUUAUUAUGUUUACCUUAUAAAGCAUUUAUUAACGAAAAUAAAGUAGCUCACAAAGUCUUGGUUAUCUUCACAACAGAAAAAUGACAGACAAAUCAAAAAGAGAUACAAGAUACAGAAGAUUGCAAUGUAAGUUGGAACAGCGUCUAAGAUGGUAAGAGGGGUUUAAGACAGAAAGAGAAGUUGGAGCUACAGGAUAUCUUACCUCUAACACCUUGUUAAUCCUUUAUAUUGUCUAAUUAUUAUAAAGUGUUAUCAAA